AUGGAACAAUGGGAAACAACAAUCAAUGCAGUUGUCAAAUCAGCUCCUCUACUUUACUGCUUACUACUUCCAUUUGCCAAGAUGACUGAGAUCAUUAAAGGCGAUCACAUCGGCGCUUUUGAAAUUCAUGGUUUUAUGAUGAGUGCAAUUGGUGUACUUCGCUCAAUUGUUGAUCAAUUCAGUUUUAUUGCACCAUACGCAGCCCAACUUAUUGAUUGUGUCUGUAAUAGAUUAAAUUCAAAAGCAUCUGGUCUUCUCUUAAAUAUAAUGCAUGAUCUCAGUCCAAAAGGAAAGGAGGUCAACAUCAAAUUGUACAGUUUAAAUGAAAGCGCAGAUUCAUAUGAGAGAGACAAGAUUUGGCUUGCAUACUAUCCAAUCGAAAUCACUGAAAAAGAGCAGAAUCUUCUAAACCUUUGUUGCGAAAAUGUUAAUCUUGAAGAUUCCAUCAAAGAUUUCAUACUUGAAGGUUUUGAAGAAGGAAAGCAUGAAAUGGAAGCUGAAGAAGCUGCGCACAAUGGAGAAUCUCAUCCAUUGAGAGAUCCUGCACCACACUUCGAACAUCCAGUUGAAAGGGAAUAUCCAAAUCCCGCUGCUCAAAGUACAGAGGAACGUAUUAUUGUAACAGAAAAUGCACCAUUUGCACAUGAGCCGGACUUACCAACUCCAUCCACACGCAAGAGACAACUUCAAAUUAUUGAUUUCUUUUGCAACCUACCACAUCCUGUGGAUACGCCUGGUAACACUACACCUCUCUUGGUUGGUCCCCCAGGCCCUGAACUUGGAUCAAUUCUUGACGACCAACCACCUCUUGUUUUUCCAUCAAGAACGAUAUUAAAAUGCAAAUAUAAGCAUACCAUUAUGCAGUAG